CGGCAAAAGACGUCCAAACUCACACACAGGGAUUUGAAGGUGUCACGUGACAGCCCAGCAGGGACACCCCUCGCGCGUUGUCGUGUGACGUCACUGUCGUCGCACCCGCAUGGCUCAUGUGGUGUUUUUCAGUGAGAGGAAAAAAAAAAGUUGAGAGGCGUUCAAUGACAUAUUUUUGUGGAGGACGUUUUAUGGUAACUAUUCGGGAGUCCUUUACAAUUGGAUAUUUUGAAAUAUUAUUUAUCCUUCUGACUGAUGUUUCGGGGGUGCUGAUGAGUGCAUCGUGAACACAAUGAGGCAGUGUGUCCUUGCCGGGGACAAUGCAGCAAGAUGCUGCGUGGACUAUGUUUCUCCCACCAACUUGCCGCAUACUCGCGACCCUGGGCGAACAGAGACCAACGUAAAGGAGCUGACUGGAGCUAACUUGCAAACUCACUGCUCUGACUAGUGGAGUGGGUGUGUCAGUAGGAGUCUAUCACAGACAAGGCUAGGAUGACGACUUUUGCUGGUCUACGAGCCCACGGAAAUGCCUUUCAGAAUGAAAUUGCUGCGUCUGUGAUGGCCCUCUAGAACUGGAGUUGCCACACCAGGACUUUAAAACAUGAAGAUCAAGUAUGCCAUUGUCUUCAUCUUCAUCAUGGCCCUAGUCAUUAUUGAAAAGGAAAGUAACAUCAUAUCAAGGGUGUCUGAAAAAAUGAUGCUGAGACAAACGCCACAGCAGACCACACAAACUUCUCUGGAUUACAGCAACACAACACAACCUAGUCAGACCAUCAGUACGACACAAGGGAGUCCUUCUAAUCGCACUGAGGAGCAGCACGAGAAAGAACUUCAAAAUGGUCGUCGUAAGCACAUUUUACUUAUGGCCACCACGAGAUCAGGCUCUUCAUUUGUGGGACAAUUCUUUAACCAGCACGGAGAGAACAUGUUUUACCUCUUUGAGCCACUAUGGCACGUAGAACGCAUGAUGAUGAAUAAAUCUGCAGAAACGAACAACAGCAGCCUAUUGCCAACAAUUUAUCGGGAUGUACUUAAGGGCCUCUUCCUGUGUGAUUUCUCCCCUUUGGAGAAGUUCAUCUCUCCACCACCCCAGAACCAUGUGACCUCUGAGCUUUUCCGUAGACAUUCCAGUUCAUCACUGUGUGAAGAGCAAGUCUGUACUCCUGUCAUCAAGGACGUUUAUGAGCGGUACGGUUGCAAAAAUCGGCUGUGUGGUCCACUCAACUUGACGCUAGCUUCGCAGUUGUGCCUUUCCAAAAAACACCAAGCCAUCAAGACUGUACGCGUACAGAAGUGGCAAACGCUGCAGCCUCUUUUGGAGGACCCUCGCCUGGACAUGAAAAUAAUCCAGCUUGUCCGAGAUCCACGUGCCAUAUUGGCAUCACGCAUAUUGGCCUUCCCAAAGUACCAAACGUGGAACGACUUUGUGCACGAUGGUCAUCCACCCGAAAAUUACAAGGAGGUACUCCAAGGAAACUGUGACAACAUCAGGUGGGCCGCUGAGGUGGGCCUGAGCCAGCCUGACUGGUUGAGGAGACGCUACAUGUUGGUGCGGUACGAGGACAUCGCUCGAUUCCCAAUGCAGAAGGCCGAAGAGAUGUACAGGUUUACGGGGAUCCCGUUCAGCCCUCAGGUCCGUGAGUGGAUAUUGAGGAAUACCCACACCACACAGGGCAAAGAUGACCUCUUCUCCACCCAGAGAAACUCAUCAGAGCAGGCAGAAAAAUGGAGAUAUAACCUUCCUUUUACCCUUGCUCAGUUGGUGCAGCGACUUUGCGGACCCACGAUGAAGCUGUUUGGAUACAAGUUUGUGAACAAUGCAAAGAUGCUCGUCAACAAGUCCAUCAGCUUAUGUGAGGACAGAACAUUUCAAUAAAUGAAUCUGGAAAAUAUUUUACAGCAGUGGUAUCUGGACGUUUCGGGCCAAUUAGUGCAAGCAGAGAACAACUCACUCUCUCUAGACAAGGUCACUAGGGGAAUAAUCACCUGUGCUGAUAGGCCCUUCUCGAUAGUAGACCCCUGGGCUUACUUUAGCCCAUUGGAUUAGGUGGCCCUUUUCAGCUGCUUUACAGGACAUUUGACAUUUUCCAUUCCUAAAGCUGUUUUACAUAAAAGAGGUUUUAUUGCAGAUCAAAUAUGUGAUUUGUGUACCUUUUU